UUGGUUUCUAGUUUGGUAAUGAACUAGCUUACAGCCAUGUAUUGCUUAAAAAUAUAUACUGGAAAAUCUUGUGGUCCUAUUGCCAAGUGUGUUACAGUUCUGAAAUGUAGAUGUGUUGUUCUUCCUAGUAUCAUAGCCUCAGUGACACUUUCUCAGUUAAAAGGAUUAUUUUUCUGGAUACUAAUGUUCUUGGCAGUCACAUGUGACAACUUGUUUCAGAACUCUGUGUAUAACUGGAUCCUAUAAAGAACAAAUAGAUUGGCAGAUUAUUGUAUAGUAAGGUGUUUGUUAAGAUGGGAGUCAGUUCUAUGUGGAUCAUACGUCUACUUGUGUUAGUGAUUGUUAGUCUUUUUUUUUGUUUGUCAGCAGCAUUGUUGAGAGUGAGAGCAUAUGAAAAGUUAUUGAUAUACAGACAAAAUUUCCCUUGUUUUAUAUCACUUUUGACCUCCACAAGCUCCAAAAGCUGACGCAGACACAAGACCAAACACACAUCCUCUUAUUUAUUAUAGUCUGUUGGUUCGAGUUUUACUUUCUCAGUUAUGCAGAGAGAGAGAGAUAUGGAGAGAAUGUCUGCUUGUUUAUGUCUUGCGUUCCUGUUAUUCUCUGUUGUUGCAGAUGCAACGUAUAUUCCAAGACGUUCUCACCAUCUUUUAUCUUCGAGACAAAACAGGAAGACCUCCAAGUCAAACACAGAGUUGCCCUCUCACUUUGAGACUCGUUACUUCCCUCAGAAUCUUGACCACUUCAGUUUCCAACCAGAGAGUUACCAAGUCUUCCACCAAAAGUACCUCAUAAACAGUCGUUUCUGGCGCAAAGGUGGCCCCAUCUUCGUCUACACAGGCAAUGAAGGAGAUAUAGAGUGGUUUGCUUCCAACACCGGUUUCAUGCUGGACAUUGCUCCAAAGUUCAAGGCUCUUCUAGUCUUCAUCGAGCAUAGGUUCUAUGGAGAGUCAAAGCCGCACAAGCUGGCCAAUACAUUGGGAUUCUUGAACUCGCAGCAAGCGUUGGCUGAUUACGCUAUCUUGAUAAGAAGCUUGAAGCAGAAUCUAACCUCUGAAGCAUCUCCUGUCAUAGUCUUCGGUGGCUCUUAUGGUGGAAUGCUUGCGGCGUGGUUCAGGCUAAAGUAUCCACAUAUAGCAAUUGGCGCAUUAGCAUCCUCUGCUCCGAUUCUGAACUUCGAUAAUAUUGUCCCAUCUUCAAGCUUCUACGACACCGUUUCUCAGGACUUCAAGGAGGUGAGUGUUAACUGCUUUGAAGUCAUCAAGAGAAGCUGGGGAGAAAUGGAAGUUUUCUCCACCAUAAAAGAUGGCUUACAAGAACUCAGCAAAAUGUUCAGAACUUGCAAGACCCUACACUCUGUUGACUCAGCCUCUGGUUGGCUAGAGACAGCUUUUAUUGAAACAGCAAUGGUUAAUUAUCCAACACCUGCAAAUUUCAUGGCUCCACUGCCUGCUUAUCCAGUGGGACAGAUGUGCAAGAUCAUGGACGAGUUACCUCUAGAAGCUAGCAAUCUAGAGCGUGCGUUUGCCGCUGCGAGUUUAUACUACAACUAUUCAGGUUCAGUGACUUGUUUCGAUAUGGAAAACCAUACUGAUUCUCAUGGACUCAACGGUUGGGGAUGGCAGGCAUGCACAGAGAUGGUGAUGCCGAUGAGCUGCUCGAACCAGACCAUGUUUCGACCAUUUGAAAGUGAUGAUGAGAAAGCAAACCAAGAAUAUUGUCUGAGGGAAUACGGUGUCAAGCCUAGACCAAACUGGAUCACCACUGAGUUUGGCGGGCAGAGAAUAGAGAUGGUGUUGAAGAGAUUUGGUAGCAACAUUAUAUUCUCCAAUGGACUGCAGGAUCCGUGGAGCGGAGGAGGUGUCCUGAAGAACAUAUCGAGCAGUAUCAUUGCGCUUGUGACCAGAAAAGGAGCUCACCAUACUGAUCUCAGAGCUGCUACAAAAGACGACCCUGAGUGGCUGAAACAACAGAGGAGGCAAGAAGUUGCUAUUAUAGAGAAAUGGAUCAGUGAGUAUUACAAUGAUCUGGAACAAGAAGAGCAAGCUAAGUGAAAAGGACUAGAACACCCAUUCAUUGUCUAAUUGUCAUGUGUCUGUAACGAGUAAAAACUAUUAUCCAAUAAUAAAAAAGGCGUUACUUCGAA